AUGUGUCGUGAGGUGCCGUGGGACCGAAUUUGUGCUAGAAAAUGGUUCGCUUGGGACUCUUCGUUAGCCCUAGCGUCAAAGUGA